GAGGAUCGAAAGAACACGCACACAUAAAACGAGAAAAAGGUAUCCAACAGCCCGAAGAGGUACACCUAAAAAUCCCUGCAGCACCGUAUGCGUGCCCAAAAACUGAACUGCACGUCCGUCCCACCGCUCGACUACCGUAGCAUCACCCCCUCCCUGUCCCACUCUAUACCAAAACGGAAGAUUGCCGACUACAGCAUACUACUGUCUGAAGUGCUGUCAGAAUGUGUCUACGGCCGUACAGUGAAAAAGAGCAACUAA